UCUCUCUCUCUCUGGUUCCUGGUCCUCCGCUCUUCUCUCUCUAUCCUCUCCUUUCCACCCUCUCUCCUCUCACCCCCCCCCCCUUCCCCAGCCUCUGUCUCCUGGCACGCGCCGGUUUCCCGGACCCCGCGCAAGCGCGUGCCUCAGCCCUGCUGCGAAAGGGCGGGGGUAGAGAGCCUCUAGCCACCGGGAAAACCCCAAGUAACCCGAGGCUGCCCGGGACUAGGGCCACAGGAGUGAGGACACGGAACCUAGGGCCAGAAGCAUCCUGAAAAUUUCAAGAAAAGGGAGGUGGUUUGGGGGAGGGGUGCCUGGAAAUGGAAUGAAGGGUAAGUAAAAGAAUCUUAACAUUUUCGGAAGGCAAAUUAUGCUCUAGGAGUGGUGCUGGGCACUGUGAAUUUAGCAUUUUUGCCCUACUCCACUUUGCAGAUGAAAAACCUCAGGCUCAGAGAGGUCAAGAAACUUAGUCAAUAUCACACAGCAAAUGAUUAUAUUCCGAAGCCCGUUCUUUCUUCACUGACAAAGACAGUAAAUUAUUUUUUCUUUCUUUCGUUCAUUCUUUUUUCUUUCUUUAUUUCUUUCUUUCCUCUUUCCUUCCUUUCUUCUUCUUUUUUUUUUUUUUUCGUAAAAUCCAGAUCCUGCACAAGAGAGUGAAGUCUUUUGGAGGAGGUGGAAUGGGAAAGUGACCCCGUAGACCCUAAUCCCCACCUCCCUCUCGGCCCCUCUCCCCGCCUCUUCCUUCCUGUCCCGCUAGUAGUUUAACUUCUACCCCCUGUGGCUAUACCUCAGAAACCUGUGUAGCCAGAGAUGGGGACGGAGGCCACAGAGCAGGUUUCCUGGGGCCAUUACUCUGGGGAUGAAGAGGACGCAUACUCAGCUGAGCCACUGCCGGAGCUUUGCUACAAGGCCGAUGUCCAGGCCUUCAGCCGGGCCUUCCAACCCAGUGUCUCCCUGACCGUGGCUGCGCUGGGUCUGGCCGGCAAUGGCCUGGUCCUGGCCACCCACCUGGCAGCCCGACGCGCAGCGCGCUCGCCCACCUCUGCCCACCUGCUCCAGCUGGCCCUGGCCGACCUGUUGCUGGCCCUGACUCUGCCUUUCGCGGCAGCAGGGGCUCUUCAGGGCUGGAGUCUGGGAAGUGCCACCUGCCGCACCAUCUCUGGCCUCUACUCGGCCUCCUUCCACGCCGGCUUCCUCUUCCUGGCCUGUAUCAGCGCCGACCGCUACGUGGCCAUCGCGCGAGCGCUCCCAGCCGGGCCGCGGCCCUCCACUCCCGGCCGCGCACACUUGGUCUCCGUCAUCGUGUGGCUGCUGUCACUGCUCCUGGCGCUGCCUGCGCUCCUCUUCAGCCAGGAUGGGCAGCGGGAAGGCCAACGACGCUGUCGCCUCAUCUUCCCCGAGGGCCUCACGCAGACGGUGAAGGGGGCGAGCGCCGUGGCGCAGGUGGCCCUGGGCUUCGCGCUGCCGCUGGGCGUCAUGGUAGCCUGUUACGCGCUUCUGGGCCGCACGCUGCUGGCCGCCAGGGGGCCCGAGCGCCGGCGUGCGCUGCGCGUCGUGGUGGCUCUGGUGGCGGCCUUCGUGGUGCUGCAGCUGCCCUACAGCCUCGCCCUGCUGCUGGAUACGGCCGAUCUACUGGCUGCGCGCGAGCGGAGCUGCCCUGCCAGCAAACGCAAGGAUGUCGCACUGCUGGUGACCAGCGGCUUGGCCCUCGCCCGCUGUGGCCUCAAUCCCGUGCUCUACGCCUUCCUGGGCCUGCGCUUCCGCCAGGACCUGCGGAGGCUGCUACGGGGUGGGAGCUGCCCCUCAGGGCCUCAACCCCGCCGCGGCUGCCCCCGCCGGCCCCGCCUUUCUUCCUGCUCAGCUCCCACGGAGACCCACAGUCUCUCCUGGGACAACUAGGGCUGCGAAUCUAGAGGAGGGGGCAGGCUGAGGGUCGUGGGAAAGGGGAGUAGGUGGGGGAACACUGAGAAAGAGGCAGGGACCUAAAGGGACUACCUCUGUGCCUUGCCACAUUAAAUUGAUAACAUGGAAAUGAGAUGCAACCCAA